AUGGUGUGCAAGCCACUGGAGAGUACACUUCCCCGCACAGUGGGCUCCACAUCCAGCAAAACAAACCUGGGAAACUGUACGGCGGACCAUUUCUUUACGGGGCUCCGAGGAGGAAAAGUGUGGAAAUAAAAACGACGUUUCUUUUUUUGAACUCCUCGCUUAAUCGAGACGGGAAGACUUGGGGAAAAAGCGGCAACACAACACAGCUGUCAUGGACAUAAUGUUUGCGGUGCAGGAUGCUUGUGUCUCUGGUCAGUGGCUAACUGCGAUAAUACUCAGCUUGUGCUGCUUUCUGCCGUCCUGUUUGCCCGCUGGACAAACUGUGGACUAUCCCUACUCGGUUGAAAGUGUGGUCAGCAGACAAGGCGACACGGCUCUUCUGAGGUGCUACCUAUUGGAUGGGAUCUCUAAAGGAGCUUGGCUGAACCGCUCAAGCAUCAUAUUCGCAGGAAACGACAAAUGGUCUGUGGACCCACGUGUGUCCAUUGUGUCCAGCGUUGGAGACAAACAUGAGUACAGCCUUCAGAUACAGAAGGUGGAUGUUUCUGACGAUGGCCAGUACACAUGCUCCAUUCAGAGUGAGCGCAACCCACGGCCAAAGCUCCUCAACCUCAUUGUAAAAGUUCCGCCCAAGAUAUAUGACAUUUCCUCUGACAUCACGGUAAACGAGGGCAGCAAUGUGUCGCUCAUCUGCACAGCCAGUGGGAAACCUGAGCCAAGCAUUUCCUGGAGACACAUAACCCCAUCAGCCAGGAAGUAUGACAGCGGUGAAUAUCUUAACAUCACCGGCAUCACAAGGGACCAGGCUGGAGACUACGAAUGCAGCGCUUUAAAUGACAUCGCCUCUCCUGACACCAAAACAGUGAAAGUCACAGUCAACUUUGCUCCUUCUAUCCAUGAGAUGAAAAGCCAUGGAGUUGGUCUGGGACGCACGGCUCUGCUGAGGUGCGAGGCCGCUGCUGUCCCCCCUCCAACAUUCGAGUGGUACAAGGGUGAAAAAAGGAUUAUCAAGGGUCAAGGCAUUGAAAUCAAGAGCCUCAGCUCCAGAUCAGUCCUCACAGUGACCAACAUGACAGAGGAUCGUUACGGGAACUACACAUGUGUCGCCACCAACAAGCUAGGGACGGCUAAUGCCAGUGUGCCUCUCAUUCCAAUUAUUGAACCUACCACCACUAGUGCUGUCUCAAGCCCAGCACCCAACACUGCACCCUAUGGGAGCACAGGAAGUGCGCACGUCCCGCUGGCCUGCCGAUGCCUGGUGCUGGCUCUCUCCUCCUUCAUCAGCGUGUACUAGCAGGGGCCAGUCCGGACACAAUGACUGUCGAGAGCAUUUAUGAAUCCUUUUUGACAUUGCUGAAGGCUGGAAUCCAUUCUGGUACAGUUUGUUGAAAGGCCGUGAUGGGGGAAGUAAUCAGCGUUAUUUGUGUGGGGAUAUUUACUUUUUUUUCUAUGCUUUUUGGUGAAAUUUCUGUCAUGUAAAUACGAUGAUGUUUUUUUAUUAUUAUAAUUAUUAUUAUUUCCUCUCUUCUUUCACCUCACCUUGUGAAUCAGUCCCCCCCCCCCCCACCCCCACCCCCACCUCCUAUCAUCUCAAAAGCCCCCAAACUUCCCAAAUGAGUUACUUUGAUGCUCUGGGAGGCGAUGGCGCAAAAACAUUUUCAUCCGUUUUUGUACAUGGCUAGAAAAGAAGCAAUUGUGCCAAGUCUCUCAGUACACAGAAUUACCAUACCAAUGUUGUAUUGAAUGUAUUAUGGGUUGUUGAACAAAGGAAAGACAUUUAGAUUCCUACCAAUACAAAUUCAGAUUAUGGAGUGUGCUUAAAAAAUACAAAAAAACUGAACAAAAAAAAAUUCUAAAGAACAAAAAGGCAGGGCUUUUUUAGGACCUGUAUUGUCAUGAUUACUCGCUAGAUGGAUGAACAGUGUUGAAGGUGUGCUUUGUUGUAUUCUGAAAUUGGUCCUUCAGUUACUAUGCCUGCCUCACAGAUUUGAUCAGGCAGCCGUCAAAGUAGCAAAGUAUACUGUAUCGUAUCUUUAUAUUUUAAUAUAGUGUAGGCUUUUGUUUUAAAGUGGGACCAGCUUUUCUCAUUUCGACCAAGAACAAUAACACAGAUCAUUUCUUUGUACAGUAAGAAGGGAGGAACAUCGCGGCCCUAUGUUUACAUUUUUCUUGAAUAUAUCAAUACGACAUUAUGAACUCCACACCUUUCCUUUCAGAGACAACUGUUGAACGCUUCUCUCUUAAAGUCUCGGCUCUUUGAAACUUGCCACCUCCACUGGGCGUCUGAGCACAGCGUUAGGCUAUGAAUUAUUAUUAUAACAUAUUGAUCAUCGUCUGGCUGAAAACCCACAGCUGCACACUGCAAGUCGCUUGAGGAUUUUGCCUUCAACUUUUGGCAUGAUAUCUAAAUAAUGGACUCCGGGAAAGCAGCAUUCUGCAUUCCUGUGUUUUAUUCCUCUGUUUUCUUUACAGAUAAAUCAAUACUUUAAUGUAUUACAGUCUCUUACAGAUAAUAUAUGUAGAGCAUUUCACCAAUUAACAAAUAAAGGACAUUCAGAGAGCCAGAAGUUAUGCUACUUGAUAUUUCUGGUUUAUACACCAAUAUAUGUUAUCUAAAAAAGUACAAUAAUAAAACUAGCUUUGCCUCCAGUCCUUUUAAUGUUAACUACGAGCAACAAAACAGAAAAUAAAUCUUGCAAACAUGCCCUAAGGUGCAAUGAGCUCUUUUUAGAUGAGAGUCCAUUUCAUUUAAGCAGCUGAUCAGCGCCACAGGGCCGGAGAAUGUCCAGCGGAGAAGAUAAAUAAACCAUGAGGUUGGUUAAUAGACGAAAAUGUGUCUUUUUUUUUCACUGAAAUCAACCAUAUCAAGGCUCUAAACCGUUUUAUUUUUGACUCGUGGCAUAUUCAUCCUCAAGUAUCUUCAAGUCAUGGUGUAAACAGAGAUACUGUACUGUAAUGCCUUAAUAGUACCAUCCACAUUAAAUUAACCUCCUUUAGAAGGACACUUCCAGAGACUCUCAAUAAGAUAAAACUUGUUUAUUUAAACACUUAUUGAAUGUUCAUGAACCAGAAGCUGAUCUUACCUUAUGAUUAGGCAUUAUAUUUAGUAAAAACUCAAUUUCUCGACUCAUGACUCUUGCAGGUAUUUUCAAAACAAGCCAGAUGCAUAUGAUAAAAAUCAGUAUUUGUCGUACAGGUUGAAAUGUUUGCAGGUCUCGUUGGAUUUGGGUUGUGUUAUAUUUUGCCCAACGAUUGAGGGACUAGACCAGUUCUAGUUCACGCAGUAUUUUCACAUGAACUUGUAACUGCAAACUUAUAGAGAAAUAGCCAUCGCAGUUAAAAGACUUAAAGCACAAACACUGUUAUUACUUUUACGUUUCGUGGUGAUUUGUUUCAAAGUCUGCUAAACAUUUUAUUUUAUUUUAUUGUUUGUUAAUGAAAUUGUUAUCAGCUUGUUUUACAAAUUAUAAAAAUACUGCACCAUAUGAUCUUGUUUAAAUGUUAAGGUAUGAAAAUGGGUCAGAAGUAUAUUUAUUCUCUUCCUUUAUGAAAACAAUGUAUAAAAAAUUACAUUUGAAACAUGUAAACCUGGAUAUGUGACAUUUAUUUGAAAUGAGGCUCAGUAUGGCAUAGUUUCUAAUGUUGUCGGGUUCAUUUAGAUGCCAUAGCUGUUGUUGAUUUUUUGUCAGACAAGUACAUUCAAAAGAAAACGUUUGCAAUCAAAUUACCUACUUUUUGACACAGAGAGAGUGUGAACCAAUAUAACAGUAUUAUAGAACAGAAUCAAUGUGUGUAUAUUUGGAGAAAAUAGGAUACCUUUUGAUCUUUAGAGCCAGUGUGUAGUCAUAGUUUUCACACACUCGCGUGUUUAACGAUGUGCAGAGAGUAUGGUUGUGCUGCAUGUCAAAGUUAACCUGUGUUUUUGAGGUGGCCAUUUUACAAAUAUUCAUACUUUUUAUGAAUGGAAACACUUUUUUCCAAAACCAUUGGUUCUUAAACCUGGUCGAAAAAUACAAACCUCUUACAGACCAGCCGGCUAUGUUUGUUUGUGAUUUAUUUUAAUCAACCUUUGCUGAUUAACUGAAAAACACUGCUGUUCAGAGUCAGGAUGAUUAUUGUGGCACAUUGGUGACAGUCUGGAGUGUUGUUGGUUGCUCAGCUAAGCAGUCAAGACCAUGCUAGUAUUCAUACAUAUGAAAUGUACUGGAUGUUAAUUAUUUUCAACAAUGGUAUUAACAAUCCCUUUUAUUGAUUCACUAUCAUUUGCAAUAAAGGUCUUCAUGUUACAUUAUAAACCCACAUCUGAGUUCAUGGGCACUCAAACGGGUUGUCAUUAUCACUGGGACAGAGUUUGAGCCAGAGAGCAUCCUUAAGAAACAGUCCUACACAAAAUGUCAAAUAUCUCAUCAGUAUUUUCUCCUACCACACAGAUAUCCCCUCUUAAAUCAGGGGCAGGGUCAACGCUGUUAUUAGGCAUCUAACGUUUACACUUUAUAAGCAGUUUUCAAGUUCUCACAACAUGGAUUUCGCUUGGUAAGCUUAGAGAGGAAAAACAUGACUGUAAAAUUUAGAAAGAUUACGUAAUUGUGGUGUUGAUACCAGCUACGUAAUGAAUAUGCUGGUCAAAAAAUAAUCUUUGAGUGGUGGACUACCAUGUCAAUAUCCGGACUGGUACGUUGUAGCUAGAUGAGUGGAGCACUAACUGACAGCUAAAGCUAGCCAAUAUUAUUUUAAUAGCACUCACAAUACCUCAGUUCUGUUUCUAUGAACAUCACACACUUGUAUCUGAUCACCUAAAUCAAGAUCUUUGAACAUUUAGGAUUGACUAGCAGCUUCUUCCACCUAUUUAGAUGGCACAUGAAAUAUCUGCACCUUUCUUUUGUCAGAAGUUACAAGAUUUUGGUCACCAGUAACGGACCGCUACACAGCAGUCCCACCCAAAUCUAAUUUCUCUUUGAAAUAAUGAUAGGAAUAAGGGAAAACUAACUUCAGGUGUCACGGUUAUGCAGCUGCAUAAUCGCUGAAUAUGAGUUACAGUACAUUGGUCUGAUUUUGGAGACACAGAUGAUUUGUGAAGGUCUUUGAAGUUGACUUCAGCUAAAUACAGAUUUGCCGGGGGAACAGUUAAACCCUAAUGAAACAAACACUGCUGGGACUAUGCCGUGUUAGCGAGGCAUGAGGGAACAUAUCGGUCUGUUGGUACAGCGAAGCCUGAAUUACUGAGUCAUCUUAAUUUUGCCGUAUCAUGCAUUUGAUCCCCUCCCCUCUGCCCUCGAACGCUGCUUAAAUCCUCCUGAGCCCAGAUGGCCGGAAGCCACAGUACAUAGGAUUAAACACCGAUUGCAAAGCAUCAUGAUUGACUGGAGUGUGACGCUCAGUGUAUGUGAUCUGGAGAUGUUUUUUAAACGUAAAUCACCGCGCAUUCAUCAUGCAUCAAGGGGACGAUUAUGCCUCUUUUUUUCACAACAGCACAAGGCUUUUGAGUAUCCUCUGACCUGAAUGCACUCUUGUCAAAAUAAUCCACGGUUGUGUGACCUACCUCAUAAAAAGUCCAGCUGAAAAAGUCCUGUUGAGCUGAAAACAGACCAUGCCCAGCCACCCCCCCCCCCCUCCCACUUCCUGCAGAGAUCACUGCCUCACCUCCGUUCCCAGUUGAUAGCGGGGGAAAGAAAAUCCCUCUUCUUUUAAAUUUAAGAUAAGAGGAUUUUAAAUAUUCAUGCCUGUGCCCCCCGCCCCCCCGCAUUCCCCACUCUGGAUUUUUAAAUUGUCCAUUCCAAAACUCCUCUCACCCCGGUGCAUCAGAAUUAUAUUGUUCUGUUUGCAUUUUAACAACGUUGGAUUUAUGAUUCAACAGCUGAGUCUUAGAGGGGGACAAGUAUUGUACUGAAUGUGCCUUUAAAAUAUUUGAUCAGUCAUAACCAACCCUCAUACAAAGCACUAACGCUCCUGUACACACUCUGUCAGCUGGUUGCUCAUAUUACAAUUUCCAUCAGCUGUUUAUUACACUAACGGAUCAUUCAAUGUGCAAACUGCAGCAGUAAUUAAGUUUAACAGUUAUCCUAACACAUGUAACCCCAAAGUAGGGUAGAAAACAAAUGAAUUAAACAAAGUUAAAUGUCAUGAUGAUUAAAAUAAUUAGGACUGAUGCAUAGUUGAAGUUCAGUCAUGUGUAUUUAACAGAAACGGAUCAUUCCAGAUGAUCUUUUUCCUGCUUAUUAUCAGGCCAUAACAAUUUGUUUUCACUUCUUUGUUACGGGAAGGGCAUGCUUAUAUUUCUUUUCUGUAAGUGACAGACUGUACCUGACAUUAUCUCAAAAUAUUCCUGCUGCUGUACAAAUAUCACAGCUUGAGUUUAAACAAACAUCAAGAAGGAUUCAGCAGGUGAUGUGCCACUCUGGGCGUCCCUGUGAGAAACAUGACGACAAAAUCAGAGUGUUUUGUUUUGUUUGCUGCUGCAACAGGGGCGCAUUUACUGUAUGAUUAAAUAUAAAGUGGCUUUUACAGUUUUCAAAUACAGACAUGAAUAAAUAUCGACAUUGAGUCGAUGUUAUAUGGCAACUAAUGCAAAUGAUCAGAACGUUUUUUUGUGCAUAAUGCUUGAUGUGGCUCAAUGCUGGUGUUUGCAUUUAUAUUCUGCAAAUGAUUAUCUGUACAGCGGCAUUAUUGUGCAGCAAAACUUAGGCAACAUAUACUGUAGCUAAUGGGAAUGACUAGCAUGGUGUUUGGCUCUUCACAAAGGCGUCUGUGGCCAGCAUGAGCUCGGAGGAGGUGUGGGAGAGGGAUUCCUCCUGACCCGCGGUUAAUGAAACCCUUCCAGUGCCUUUGUCAGUUUAAACUGGGAGAUUGUGUCAUACUACACCCUGGAGCCGCCGCCUGGCUCCCGCAGUCGCCAUAGCUCGUCCCUGAGCAGCAUACUGAGAUGUCACAAUCAAAACCAACUCUGUUUCUUGAGUGCUCGUAUUCAGUUUGGAAGAUAUGAUUGUUGCACAGCAGGAAAUGCAAUCCUUCCUGACAAGCACAGGCAAAAGGAGUGAAAAUGAUUUAAAUUCUUCUUCUAUAACCUGUCUCUGGGCAAGUUUGAUUUAUUCUGAAUAGAAAAGAAAACAUUUUUCAAUUGGUACAAAAAGAGAGUAAUUUCUGACUAGUGUGACUUCCUUUGAAAUCCCCCAGAUCGUGUGGCAGCUGCCAAUGGGGAGUUGCAUCAAGUAUUUGUCAACCUGUCCCUCAUUAUUUCCACUGAAGUGGAAAAUAAGUUGCCAGCCAAUGAUGCAGAGCCUGAGAUACUGCCUGGGUUUUAAAGCAAGCUAUCUCAGGCAGGUCUCUCCCUCCAUGACGCCGAUGACUGAAUCACACGCAGCGAAGUGUUUUCACGUAAAGCUCCGGGGUAAUUGUCAGUUUUGGUGAAGGAUUGAAUGGGUUUGCCAUGGAGAGAAUGUCAUUAUUUGACUGACAGUAAAUGUAAUCUUGUUUCAUUUGUUUUCAUGCCCCCGAAAGGCAGAUUACACAUUGUUUUAUAUAUACUGAAUGACACAGCAAAUCAGGUCUUUGUAGCACCAGUUCAUCAAAUGUGUCUCCUGUGCGGUGUUUGUUUGAAUGGCCUCUGGCAGGGUUCAAGGGAACGAGGUGCAGCAUUUCUUCUGGUUUCUUUCUGUAAAUUGGAUAUAUUUACCAUAUAUACUGUACCAUUUGCUUUCUUUUUUACAAAAACUGGGAAUGAAUAUCACAAGGUUGACCCGAACAUCCUUUUUCUACAUGGACUUUUAUUUUAUUUUUUUCAUUUGCUUGUUUUAUUUAAAUGUUCAAAUCACCAUGCUGAAAUACCAUUUGAAGAGAAGUCUGGAAAUGUUUACUUAAAUGUGUCUGAAGGUCCUUUAGCCACCAGGGAUAUAGUUGUACAUUUAUAGGCUCUAGAUCACUGGAAUGAUAUAUAUGGCUUUAAGUGGAGUUGAUAUAUCUAUAUAUAAUAUAUAUAAAUAUAUAUUGAUAUUUGUCCAGAAAAAAAAACAAACAUGUACUUUAAUUACUUUGAAGCUUACAUUGUGUAUAGCACGUAUGCAAGUCCAUUUUCAUCAUGUUUGAUGUAAUUUUGUAGCAGUGGUUUGAUACUAAUAAAUGGCAGUUGAUGAUG